AUGGCUCUACCAGUCCCUGGGAAGAAGGGAAAUGUGGCAGAUGGGUGUGAUGCCACGUUCCUUCCUAUACUCCACCGCGGAAGGCAGGUCUGCCCCGCCCACGGUGGCGGCGGGUAAAUACCUAGGCACGAAAAUGCCGUGACCGGGUUCGGGUCCGCGCCAGAUUUUUCUCUCUCCACGACAUCCAGCACGCCCCAGUCCGGCAGGCAGCCCAGCAUGCGGGUGUGGUCCUUGCUGCUCUGCGGGCUGUCCAUCGCUCUUCCAGCAUUUGUCAGAGCAGAUGUAUGCAAGGUCAUUAGUAUGCCGAACGAGACGACUUCUGUAGACGGGCCUUUUGCUUUUAAUUGUACAUACCCUCCCCUAACAUCUGGGGAAGUCAAUAUAACCUGGUAUAAAAAUUCUAGCAGAAUCCCAAUCUCCAAACACAGUGAGUCUAGAAUUCACCAGGACCAGACUUGGAUUUUGUUUCUCCCCUUUGCAUUGGAAGACACAGGAAUCUACCAAUGUGUUAUAGAGGGUAGAAACAGCUGUCACAGAAUACAUUUAAACCUAAGUGUUCAUAAAAAGUAUUGGUGUAACGGUUCCAGAAAUGGUCUACUGAAUUUAUCAGAGGAGUACAAACAAAUUCUACACGUUGGAGAUGAUGGCAGUCUUACAUGUCAUUUGAUCUUCCCAGAGAGUUGUGUUUUUGAUUUAAUAAAGUGGUAUAAGGACUGUGAAGAGAUUAAAGGAGAGCGGUUCACUCCUUUGAGAGCCAUGCUUACAGUGAACAAUGUCUCUGUAGAGGACGGAGGGAACUAUGCAUGUAAAGCCAGGCUGAAACACAUGGGGAAAACCUACACGGUUUUAAAUGGCAUCACUGUGAACACCACAGAAAGAACUGGAUAUGGAGGAAAUAUCCCCAAAAUCAUUUAUCCCAAAAAUAAUUCAAUUGAAGUACUGCCUGGCUCUACCCUCAUUGUGGACUGCAAAAUAAUAGACAUGAGGGACAACACAAAUCUACGAUGCUGGAAAGUGCGCAACACCUUGGUGAAUGACUACUACAACGAAUCCGGACGGGUCAGAGAAGGAAUCGAAGACCCUGUCCGUUUUCGUGAACAUAUUUCGUACACGGUAAACAUAACCUUCUUAGAAGUGAAAAUGGAAGAUUAUGACCUUCCUUUUAUGUGUCACGCAGGAGUGUCCACAGCAUACAUUAUUUUAAAACUCCCAGUUCCAGAUUUUCGAGCUUACUUGAUAGGCGGGCUUCUUGCCUUGACUGUUGUGGCCGUGUCUGUUGUGUGGCUCUACAAUGUUUUCAAGAUCGAUGUUGUACUUUGGUAUAGAAGUGCUUUCUAUUCUCCUGAGACCAUGGAAGAUGGGAAGCUGUAUGACGCUUAUGUCUUAUACCCCAAGCCUCACCAAGAAAGCCAGAGCCAUGCCGUGGACACGCUGGUGUUGAAGAUCCUGCCCGAAGUGCUGGAGAGGCAGUGUGGAUACAAAUUAUUCAUUUUUGGCAGAGAUGAAUUUCCCGGACAAGCCGUGGCCGAUGUGAUCUAUGAAAACACCCGGCUGUGCAGGAGGCUGAUUGUCAUCCUAGUCCCGGAGUCACCUGGCUUCGGUCUACUAAAGAACAUGUCGGAAGAACAAAUCGCAGUCUACAAUGCCCUCAUCCAGGAUGGGAUUAAGGUCAUUCUGAUCGAGCUGGGGAAAAUCGACAACUACACAGCUAUGCCGGAGUCCAUCCAGUACAUCAGGCAGAAGCACGGGCCUCUGUUGCGCUGCUCACCUGUGCUGCUCUGGCACGACCACCUUGAGAAAAAUAAGAAAAGAGAAAUGGAAGGUGCAGCAGGGCUGUUCCACCAGAUGGAGACUUUCUGGUGCCUGUAG